ACACAUGGACUGUGUAGUAGAUCUGAUCAUCUAUAGAAUCUGAUUGUAUAGAACACAUGGACUGUGUAGUAGAUCUGAUAAUCUAUAGAAUCUGAUUGUAUAUAACACAUGGACUGUGUAGUAGAUCUGAUCAUCUAAUGAAUCUGUUUGUAUAGAACACAUGGACUGUGUAGUAGAUCUGAUCAUCUAUGUAAUACAAAACAGAAUCUGAUUGUGCCCACUUAUUUGUAAGUCAGCAUGGCUCAGGUAAAUGACUGUGAUGGAUCAGGUGGAUCAUCAGCCCCUCAGUUUCCUCAUCAGUACACAGAAAACAGUGAAAGAGUGCUGUCAGAAGAUGAACAUCAGAAACUGAAGAAUGAUCAGGUGCUGGUGUCAGAUUUUAAACAGAACAAGCUGGAGAUGGAGGCUCAGAAAAACUGGGACUUAUUUUACAAACGAAAUUCUACAAAGUUCUUCAAGGACAGGCACUGGACUACAAGAGAAUUUGAGGAACUUCGGGCUUGCAGAGAGUUCGAGACACAGAAGUUGGUGAUGCUGGAGGCUGGAUGUGGAGUGGGGAACUGCAUCUUUCCUUUGUUGGAGGAUGAUCUGAACCUUUUUAUUUAUGCUUGUGACUUCUCACCUCGAGCUGUAGAGUUUGUGAAGGAAAAUUCUCUUUACUGCCCUGAACGAUCUCUGGCAUUUCAGUGUGACCUUACUAAAGAUGACCUGCGUGCCACUAUUUCAGAAGAAAGUCUGGAUGUUGCCACUCUGAUAUUUGUCCUGUCAGCUAUUCACCCUGACAAAAUGCAACAAGCUCUGGAAAACAUUUAUAAGGUCUUAAAACCAGAAGGUAUUGUCUUGUUCCGGGACUACGGUCUUUAUGACCAUGCCAUGCUGAGGUUUAAGUCUGGGAGUAAGCUUGGGGACAAUUUCUAUGUAAGACAGGAUGGAACUCGUUCCUUUUUCUUCUCCAGAGAGUAUCUUGCCAGUUUGUUUCACCAGGCAGGAUUUCAGACCGUUGUAAAUGAGUACGUUCUGAGAGAAACGGUGAACAAAAAGGAAGGACUUUGUGUUCCCCGAGUAUUUCUACAGAGUAAAUUCAGCAAGCCUCAAUAACUGAUUUCUAUAAUUCUUACCAAUCUGUAAAAUGCAUAGUUUUCUUCAGUUUUCUACUUUUUAUAAAUACAUUUAUUACAUUUCAAAUGUGUUUUCUUGUUAGAUAAAGAAUGUGCUAUAAAGAUCUUUCUGUAUGAACUUUCUAUUAUUUUAGUUUUUGAAUGAAAUAUAUAGUAUAUAUUAAAUGUAGUUAAGUAAAGAA